CUUUUUGUUUUAACUUGUCUUUAUUAACUGGAGAUUUGAGAAAUAAAUCUCCACGAUAACAUAGCCGUCUUCAGAUGUGAUGUAUUGUCGCUGCGCCUUUUAUCAAAUAACCGGACACGUCGAGGAGCGCGCGUCUGGACUAGGAUUUGACUGAAUUCAUGGCAUAGGCUACAUGCCUUGCUAUUUAAUGAAAUACGUUUUUACCUGACUGUCAACAUUUAAACAACGUCCAGGAAAUGGCGUAUUGAUUGAAAAAGGGUUGUACAGGCUGGGAUUAACAGUUCAGAUCAUCAUGCCUGUUGCCGUGGCAGCAGGACAGGAAGUGUGCAUGUGAGUGCACCUGGUCAGCUCCGCUGGGAUGAACAUGCCACUGCACCAGAUCUCUGUCAUCCCCCGUGAUGUCACUUCCUCUCGGGUGUCUGGCAGUGGGAAGGCCAAAGACAAGGACAAGCAGAAUGAGAAGCCUCUCGGCCAUUCAGCAAGCAGGUCCAGCAAUAUCUCAAAGGCCGGGAGCCCCACAUCUGUGAACGCCCCCUGCAGCUUCUCAAGGACAUCUGUCACCCCCUCCAACCAGGACAUCUGCAGUCAUAGCGCCACAGACCAGGACAUGGAAUCCCAGAAACCUUUGCACACAGCUGUGGUGCUAUUGAACUCAAAUGGCAAAACAUCUCAGGGUUCUGUGGGUGUGUCCAUCACCACCCUCAGUCUGGACGCACCCCCUGCUCCCAAGGUCUCUAAACCCAGGGGCAAAGUCUCUUUUGGGGCCGACUGGCUCUCUUUGCUCCGCCCCUCGGCGGUGAACAUGGGGUCCAAUGGGACUUUGAAGUUCUCCCGCUCUCUCAAUGACGUGGGCCAGCGCAUGGACAGCCUGUGUAGCGGCCUGCACUUUAUAGACCGCACCUGCUCCGAGGGAGAGCUGGAGGUGAAGCCCGACCCAGUCCAGACCGCCAACACGGACCGCCGCACGCACACGCUCAACAGCAAGCCCAGCCAGGCCCCCACACAGCACACUGCACACAACCACCGCCACCUCGUCCCUUCCUUCACCAACAACUACAAAUACAUGGGAGGUCUCUCCCCUGACUACUGCUCCCCCCAACCUACCCCUGGAAUCCCCCCUCCUCCUCCCCCUCCCCCUCCCAGCACCCACUUUCACCCUCCCAGCUCCAAUCUGCUCCGUCUUUUCCUACCCUUUUCUCGCUCCUCCACCUCUGCCAGCCUGCAGUGCUCGGAGCUGGGCAGCUACGCCUCUCGCCUACACAUCACCAAGUCCUCCAGCGCCUUCCUGGGAGGCAGCGAACUGGGGGUUGGAGUUGAAGACCUCAUGGGGGAUGACGAGGUGUUUGAGAUGGAGCAGGAAAGAACCAGCCAGACCCCACUGGAAAGGCCUGGGACAGGCCUAGGAACUGGAGGCAGGGUAGCGAGUGUGCAUGCUCCCCUUUGCUUUAUGGAUGAAGACAGUGAUCUGGACCCGUGCUCAUCUCAUGUCUCAGAAAAAAAUGGGCCCCUCUCACCCUACUCUCUGUCCGGGGACUGCUGCAGGAUCUGCCACUGCGAGGGCGAUGAUGAGAGUCCUCUGAUCACGCCGUGCCACUGCACGGGCAGCCUGCGCUUCGUCCACCAGGCCUGCCUGCAGCAGUGGAUCAAGAGCUCAGACACACGCUGCUGCGAGCUCUGCAAGUACGAGUUCAUCAUGGAGACCAAGCUGAAGCCCCUGCGCAAGUGGGAGAAGCUGCAGAUGACGGCGAGCGAGAGGAGGAAGAUCAUGUGCUCGGUCACGUUUCACAUCAUCGCCAUCACCUGCGUGGUGUGGUCUCUUUAUGUCCUCAUUGACAGGACGGCAGAGGAGAUCAAACUAGCCGGAAGAAUCCCAGGGAUUCUAGAAUGGCCUUUCUGGACCAAGCUGGUGGUGGUGGCCAUUGGCUUCACAGGUGGACUGGUCUUCAUGUAUGUGCAGUGUAAAGUCUACAUUCAGCUAUGGAGGAGACUCAAAGCCUACAACCGGGUCAUAUACGUCCAGAACCGUCCAGAGACGUGUAAAAAGUUGGUGUUUGAGAAGCCCCCCCUUAUGGAGCCUAGUCUGGAGAACAAGGAGGCACUGGUCCCCACUCAGUCAGACACAAACUCCUCCCAGUAUACAGAGACAGAGGACUAUAGCAUGGAGGUGCUCCACGUCUGACCACACCCUGCUCUGCUCUGCUCUGCUCCACCAUACAACUCGCCUGGACCUUUGCUCCCCCAACCACCCUGACCCCUUACUCCUCCCCACAUACAAAGACAGCCAACAACAUUGUAGAAAGGAAGUAUUUGUCUAUCUACUGUAGAAUGAUCUCCCCCCAACAAAUACACACACACACUGAGGCAGGAUGUCAGUGUGAUACAGUGUGUAAGAACAACAAACCCAGGCUCCCUGAGGAUGACCCAGUGUCACCAUAAGUCCUAACCACUUUCCCAAGACAAUGUUAAUGAGACUUUUUUAAACUGAUGGAGACUCUCAUGUACUCCUCCACUCCCCCCCCCCCCCUCCUCCCCCCACACCUCUUGGAGAACAGGACUCUCACUCUGAGACCAAUGGACUCAUACUUGUCUCUGGAGGUUUCAAUGUUUCUAUUGCGUUGUUUGUUGGUUUGUUUGUUUGUUAGUUUGUAUGACUUUCUGUGAGUCGUGAGCUUAACUACCAUGGAUCCAUGGGGCGAAUUGGUGGAUCUGUAGAACAUUCCAACUACUGCCAUUGUACUGCUGUGGACCCGGAACCCAUCCAGCCAUUGCCCUGGGUCCGUCUGCACUGGCCUGGAUAUGAAACUGGUCAGACCCUGGUCCACACAUCAAAGCACUUUUUAAUUUCCAGUAACCCUCUCUCAGUUUCUUUUUUAUUAGGAACCAAGUCCUUUAUAGUUUACAUAGGAAGCAACAUGUACUGUAUAAACAAACAAACAAAAAAAGUUAUGUUUUCUCUGCCCACAAUUAAAAAGUACAUACAUAGACACAGACAGAGAUCAUUUAGAUGAUCAAAAAAAGGACUUUGAGAAAAGCAAUGUCUUGAUUCUGUCUCGAUUAAAUGAUUGUCCCUAUGUAGAAGGGAAAGUACUGUUCAAUAGAUGUAUGGCUGGGUAUCCAGGUAACCCUGUGAUCUGUAAACCUUAAUUGAAAAAAAAAGUAUAACAUGGUCUCUCACCCAACACCAUCAUUAUUCAUUCCCCAAGUCUGAACCAUAUGAACCUAUGGACGCUUUGAGAAUGUAAACUUUUUGAACCAUUUUGUACCCGACACAGAAAAAUUGCUAGAUAAUCUCUGUGUCAGUAUCAUAAUAAGACCAUUUGGAAAAUGAAACAACUGUGUUUUUUCUAUUGUGCGAAUGAUACAUUACUUUUGGUAUGGUAUUACGUGUGCAGUUUUAAUAUCUGUUCAUUUGUUUGCUUAAUCACGGGAUAUGCCUGGAGAAACCCACAGCUCUCUAUUCUUAGACAAGCCUUUCAUCCCACUCCAGCUGUUGUAGAAUGGUCUUAAUGACUUCACCUGCAGGUUAAUUCUCAUUCCAACUAGCAGAAGGUGGUCAUUAUGUACGCUAUCUUCUUAUUUCUGUGCAGAGAUUUAUAUAUCAAUUAUAUACAGGACAUUGUUUUCUUUUAUACAGUUUAUUAAGUUAUUCAUUUAGCAGAAACUUUUAUCCAAAGCAACUUUGACCAGAUUUUAACCAGAAACCUCUUGAUCUGCAGUCAAAUGCCACCGAUCUAUACCAUCCCCAAUAUUCAGUGUGUUAUAAUAUUAGAAUUUGUUAAGGUACUUUAUGUUGUACAUGUUUCUUUUGCCUGCUCCAAUUGAGAUAGAAAUAGAGGGGUUGAGAUGUGAGGCUGACACCUGAUACUGGAGUUGAUACCUCAACCCUGAUACAGCAUGCAUAUUUCAGUUGAGCAUAAGUCUCUGUUGCACUGAAAGGCUCCUCUUUAAUUUCCCGAUUGUCAUUUGAUUGGCUGUUUACUUUUUUACAUCUGGCUUAAUAUACUUUUGAUUUGACACUUUUUUGUUACUCAUGUUUCAUGUCCUAGUUGAGAGAAAAUCAAACAGUUUCUAAGGCCGAAGUCUAAACCUAGGCAGCAGAAAUUUUUGAAUUUAGUUUAAGAAUCAUAAUGUUCCUUGUCAGCGCCAAAUAUUUGUUCGUAUCGGAUCAGCAUAAUUUGACAAUCUCGCAUUCACGCUGCACAGAGACAAAACAUGUUUAUUUUUCUAACCACUUUAGGACAAGGAUACAGAACGGGAACAUGCUGUCUCUUUGGCUAGGUUUCAGAUGUAAGAGCAUUCUGGGUGAUUAAAAGGUCUGGAGAGCCCUCUGCUGUUCAGUAGGUGAAAGUGCUUUCUGAGGGAAGGAGUUGUGGAUUUCUCCAGGUUAAGUGUUCUGGGCUUACAGUCUGUUGUAAGUGAUUUUGUAAAUGUGGGAGCACAGCAAUGCCAGGCACUUGUUGAGCCUCACAACCAUUCCAGCAAAACAAGUUUUUAAAAGUGUCUUUGAUAUCAGUGUACAAUGUGAACUACAGUGAUCCAAUGGCAACAUACCUGACACUUGUAUUACAGCGAUAACUUAAUAAUUUCUCAAUAUUGCUUUCUGUGUUUGUGUAACGUAAAGCCCCAUGAUGAUCUUGUCUUGAGAGUUGUAGUUUUGAGAAUCAUGGGUGAUCAAGACCUCUGAACUUCAAAACACAUGCUAGACAGAUAAAGUGCAAUUACUCUUUUGUUGACCUGUUCAAUUCCAUAGUAAUUUACUGUUGGUGUUUAUGCUCCAGACCACACUCUGGUUACAUGAUGAUUAAUUCCAAAUUGAUGUAUCAUAUUUAUUUUACAGAGAAAAGUAAACACAUGAUUAGUUCACUUCAAACCCCCAAAUCGUAAUUUUAUGCAAAUAACGCUACAAACUUAUUUCCACACAUGAAUUUCACUUUUGCACUUUUUUUCUCACCUUUUCCAGCAGAUCUAGAUGUGGGACAAUGUGUAUUACAAAAGGAGACUGUAAUACAGUAAGAAUUAGAUUGUACCUUACCUUGGCAUUAUAUUGAUGGCAGUUGCUGCUGUACUGUAUAUGGACCUAUCCUGUGUUUCCUGCAUUUCCUUUUAGUUGGCAAGAUUACUGCACAUCCCCUAAUUUUUCACUGAAAAUCAGCCAGCCAGCCAUGAUUCAGCACUGCUUUUAGUUGACGCUAUAAGUUCAGCACAUGAGGGGAUUAAUUCAUGUACUGUGGAUUUGUUUUUGUUUUUUAUCAAUAGGAGCUGGCACCUUCAAUGGUCCUUUAGGUUUAAAUUAAUAACUUUUUACAUCUUGACUGAUCCUCUGAAUUUUCCCGUCACAUUAUGCUUGCUGUCUCAAGUCACAAACAGUCCCCUCUCCUAACAACGUUUUUCAUGUGUUAUUUGCAUAAAACUACAGUGCUUUACUACUGAAUGGACUUGAACAUAUGACUGUUGGCCCUUCUUUAUAAUAUCAUUCCACACAUUUGUCUGUGAAUUUACUUUUAAAUAGUAACUGUAAAACAUUUGGUAAGCAGUACUUAUGUUUUUAAAAUAUUGAUGUGUUUUGAUUUGUUUCAUUUCCCAUGUUUGAACAAAGUAUGUAGAAUGAAAAACCAACCAAAUAAAAAUGAAGUAAACUUUUAAAGGGUUUGUGAUUAUG